GAGGCCUAGAGUUGAGGAGGAGCAUUACUAUUCUGAAGAGUCAGACGAUGAAUAUGAUAUGGACGACGACUUCAUUGAUGAUGGCCCGAUGGAACAGAACAGUGUAUCCAAGUACAUCAAGGAGAUCUUUGGCUAUGAUAAGAGAAAGUAUCGUGAUGAGGAUGAUGACGUCUCAAACAUGGAGGCUAAUUUCCAUGAUAUCAUGAAAGAAGAAUCUCGCAGUCUCCGCCUGGGGAUGAAGGAAGACUUGGAAGACAUGAAAGAUGAAGAAGCAAGAAAGAAAAGAAGAAAACAAAAACAGUUAGAAAAAUUAAAAGCAGAGAGGAUAAAGAAAAGAUAUUAAUUUCAUAUUAUAUUUUGAUUUCAUUAAACUUUUUACAAGCUGUCUGUGAUAAAGGAACACAUGCUCCACAGUUGAAAACUAUAGAAACUAUAGGUUAUAUAAGUAACGGAUGGAGAGCUUCUUGUUGGGUUUUGUCUUCUUUGUAUUGUCAUUUGUUUGCAUAUUUUAGUUGCUGUUAAAAAAAAGAAUAUUGCCGAAUGUUCUCAGAGAUUCAUGUAUAGAAAUGGAAAAAAGCAUUUCCAUUAGAGUUCCUAUCAUACAGGAUAUGCUGUAUAGAGGGACUGUUCUUUAUGACGAGUAUUUUUUAAAGGCGUGCUAACUAUAGAUCUAAAUGUUUACUGUAAUGUUAAGAAUGUCAUGUCUUACUAUAAAUUUCAGAGGACAGCCAUGACAUCAAGUCCUUUUAUUUUAAGUCUGAAUCGUGCAGGAUGAGUAGAUUUGCAGGAUGUGUGUACAAUGGACAGUCGACAGUUUUAAAUGUGGAUACUUUACCUUGAGUUACAUUUUGCAGUAACCGAUGUCACAUGUUUGACAGAUAUUUAUAAGGAACAGACACUGCAUGGAAUUAAUAGCAGUUGACACAGACUUGCCUCAAGAAGUUGACAAAAUAGGAAAUAAACCGUAGGACUUAGUUUUGUUCACAUUUGACAUGACUUGUAUAAGAAGAUAUGACGUGAGGGUACUAGGAUUGCAGUGCAAUAGUUUCUGAUAUGAGCAAGGGUUGUUCUUUAUUUUCAAUUGUAUUUUACCAUUUCAAAUCUUGGCUGAUCAAAAUGAUUUUAGUAAUUUACAAUUUUAAGGUGCUGCAAUAUAUACAGAUGUGAUGUGCUUUUUCCCUUGGCAAUAUAUCAGUAAUUGAUAUAGUUCAAAGAUAUAUUCCUUGUGCAUCUGCUAAAGAAUGAAAUGGUGCAAUGAUGUUUGUAUUUUUCUUUUUCAUUCUAGAUUGCUUUGUUUUAUUUAUUUAUUUACUUAUUUUUAUAAUAGAUAUGAAUAUUGCUUUAGAAUAAGUGGAUAUUCAUAUAAAUUUGUUACAAAACCACCACAUGGAAGCAUUUGCUAUUAGGUGAAAAGUUAUUUCCUCUUGUAAUACUAUCUUGGCAAUUACACAGCAAGAAAAUGCAGGUGCUCUUACAGUUUAUUGUGCAUAUGUAUUAAUGUUUUUUUUCCCUGGGAAGGCCUCCAAAUUAAGUAGUUCAUAUAUGGUGGAUAGUUGAUUGUGGCAGUUAAGAUAUUAUUGGUGCUGUCAAAAGCAAUGCAGUAGUUUCUAUAUACAUGUUGUAGAUGUAAAAUAUAAUCGUGACUUCGUGAAAAAAAUCAUGAAAUGCUUUGCUGCUUUCAAGCUGGAGGACAGGUGAAGGCGGUGUUAUGAUUUCAAUAUCUAUUGUAUUUGUACGACUAUACAUAACUGAUAAUACAGAGUUAUCUUGUUCAGCGGGUAUCUUGUGUUACAUGCAGCAGGAAAUAUAUAACUUGGUCACGACUAUCAGGAAACAAUAAACAAUGAGUGUCCUUUAACGAAUCUCAGUUUUGCAUAUUCAGCGAGUGGUGAUUCUUUGUUCCUUGUAUCCUAAAAGUGCAUUUUUACUGAAGAUUUCCUAAGGACUAUUCCAAAAGCACUCCUGUUGGUGAGUACUAUAUACUCAAAUACAGAAAGCUGCUGAGCUGAAUAACAAUUCCAAGUAAAAAUGGGACCAGAAGCCGUACUUCCUCCCUGACUUUUAGUUUUCAACAUUCCUUUCAUGCUACCUGUAGCAGAACGGUAAAAGGCAAUCCACAGAAAUAUCAACGAGGAUUGCUUCACACUGUGACAGAGGAUUCGAUUUUCGCAGUGCCUGCUGGGACGGGUUGGCGGUCGUCUGCCAAGAUGCUUCCAUGAUCUGACCGUGUUGAUUUUUCUCGACGCUUAUGUCGCCAUUUGCAGGAAAUUGCUCUUUUUAUUCCGUCCCAUAAUCUUGUUCUAACGGACUUUGUGAAGAAACAAAACAGCAUAGCGUUUCCGAGACCCUGGGAACCAUCGCCUAU